UGUCACAGCUCGGCCUCCUGUUUCAACAGCCCCGGCUCUUUCCAAUGUGUGUGUGAGGCUGGAUACACUGGAGAUGGAAGGAGUUGUACAGAUGUGAAUGAAUGUGAAAGUGGAAACCAUGACUGUCACAGCUCGGCCUCCUGUUUCAACAGCCCCGGCUCUUUCCAAUGUGUGUGUGAGGCUGGUUACACUGGAGAUGGGAGGCAUUGUACAGAUAUUAAUGAGUGUGCAGAUCCAGCAAUGAAUCGGUGUGACCCAAACGCAGAGUGCCUGAACUCGGAAGGCUCCUACAGCUGUGAGUGCAACCCCUAUUACAGAGGGAAUGGGACACAUUGUGAAGGAUGUUUUUGCCCACCAGAAAUUAUCCCGGGAACAGCGAACCAGCCAGCUGUAUCAGGGCAUCCCUGCCCCUGUGUAUCAGGCUUUAUCACGUCCAAUAACUUCCCGAGUCUGUACCAGAACAGCGCAGACAUGUACUGGUUCUUCAACAUGUCUCAGUUGUCUAACGCCACUCGACAGUACACAGGAAUCCGAUUCUGGGUGGAGUCACUCUCUGUGGAGUCCCAGGAGGAUUACAUCUCCUUUGGAUGUGGAAUAGAUCCCGAUCAACAGAAACAGUUCACACUGACCGAGAAAAACUUGAACAUCACGACCUUUCACCUCUCCGAUUGCACGGACUCCUGGGUCCAUUUCCACUCUGGCCCCAACGUGCCGAGCACCAGGUUCAAAAUUUAUUACGAAAUGGUGCCCCGUCUGUGCUUGAACCUGAGUUGUGACGUCAAUGCAGUUUGUCACAGAGACAGCGCCGGGUCCCUGGUAUGUAGCUGCAAACCAGGCUGGAGGAGAUCAGGUCCCAGGUGUUACGAGCUCAGGAACAUGGUACAAGCUGUAACAGCCAGUGUCACAGGACCCAAUGUCACAUUGAGAUGGACAGUCGUCCCAAUACCCAGAACUGAGAUACUCAACUACCAAGUUAACACAAACUGCACAAACCACACCAACGGGAUCAUCCAGCUACAAACUCACCAACCUGGAAACACCACCAGUUUGGUUUUUACCGGUCUGGGCUCCCUUUUACUGUGUACCACUGUGAUCCAAGUAAACACCACCUCUGAUGGCCUGGUGACCACUCAGCCUUUUACCUUCAAGACCUACUCUGAAACGAUUCCAGAAUCUCUGAGUUUGACCUCCAUCACCACCACCAGUGCUGUGAUCUCCUGGGCCCCUAUUGGGAGUGUGAGUGCUCUGAGGGCCUGCAGUCUGCACUACUACAGCGUUGGGAGCCCCGACACUGUCCACACUGUCAGCUUUACCUUAACCAGUACAGAGGCAGUGAUCACAGGAUUGAAACCAGACACUACCUAUACAGUGUCCAUUGUGUGUCACUCCCUUUUUAACCGGACACUCAGCUCCCAGCAUCUGAAUGUUACUACUCUCCCAUCUUUGAGAUUCAUCAUCAAUGUGUACGCCUCCCAUAUUACCUCAUCUACUGCUGUGAUUGGCUGGGAUCUACACCCUUCAAAGGCUGCCCUCAUUUGGUCCUACUCCAUUAGCUAUGGUCCUUAUGCUCGUGGUGGACCCACCAGGAAUAUAAUUGCUUUCCCUCCGAUAACCACUGUGAUCCUCACAGAUCUGAAUCAGUCAACUGUCUACAUUGUAACUGUUUCUGCAAAAACAUUAUUUGGAAAAGAAGACACUGGUUCAACAUUGAAGUUUAUGACACAAAGCUUUACAGUCCCAUCCAACAAGACCCCAGCAGCCCCUCAGCAAGUGAGGGUGGGAGAAUUCGAAUCAUACUGUGUGCUUGUCAGCUGGAAACCACCUUCUGCAUCCCCGAAUGAGACAAUACAAUACAAUGUUAAUGUCCAGGUACCGGAUUCCUCACCUGUACGAUAUACGACAAAUGCUAACUAUAUCUAUUUACGAGAUUUGCCUCAGAAGCCCACCUAUAACAUCACUGUUUCUGCGGUGAACCGCCAAGGUGAAGGAUCGCCCAGUAAGAAGGUCUCCCUCAGGAUGCUGCAAAAGCAGCAACCUACACCAGUGCAAAAACUAAAGCCAAGGCUGCUUAUCAAUGAGGCUGUCUCUAUAAGGGCAUCAAGUAUAAUAUUGAGAUUGCCAGAGUGUGGGAUGUUCGAUACAGCUGCCAGACAGUUGGAUGCCUCGUAUGGUCGUCUCUCGCUUUACAUUGUUGUUGCAGAGAAUGAAGUUGCCUACAGGAAUUUUACACUGCUAUCUUUAAACUCAAUCAGUGGGGUCUCCAAUCAAUCUGACCCAGGGCAGCAAAGUCCGUAUGUUGCACAGCAGCACCUCUCAGUGUACGACUGUGAUGAUGGAAAGAAUCUGGACCUUUCCAAGACCUUGCUGUACUAUGUGGUUGGCUCCAAUAGCACGUGCCACUCUCUGGUCGUCUGUGACAAGCCACUGCACUCCAACACAACCUACAGGAUCAAGUAUCUUCUGGUUGAUCAACACAGAGGCGAGAUUAUGAGCAGCAAUUGGUCAGAUAAAUUCCACACCAAACAAGCCAUCCCGUAUCAGAUGCUUGAGGAGGAUUGGCACCGCUCAGCAGGAAUGAUUAUCAUCACAGUCCUAUCAAUGGUUUUCCUCAGUCUCCUAUUACUUGGCCUUCUGUUUGUCUGGUGCUACAGGAGGAAGAGGACUGGAAUGAUGAAGAAUAAUUGGAUGGGCUAUGAUACACACUUUAAAAAGGACAAGUGCAAGAAGAAUAUUCUGACAGCAAUGCUUGAAGGACAGCAAAAUGAGAAAGUUAACAACACUCUGUUCUUUAUUCAACCCGAGGACCAACGCUCUAAUGAGGACAAUACCUCUAGAUCCUGGAACAUUCCAGAAUACCACAGCAUCUAUGGGCAGAGGGGGCCAUCUAUUGCCCAUGGACUGCGUUCUGAUCAUCUCCUGUUCAGUUCUGCCUCCACACCCUCGGACACAAGCCGAUCUGUGCAGAAGAGUGGCUUAGUUCAUGCUGGAUGUGUACAGAAUCGAUUGAUUCAAUCUGGAUCGUUACUGACUGGAUCAACGCAGACUCAAUCGGCUCAGUCUGGAGCAAGUCAGACUCAAUGGACAGCAAAUGGGUUGGUUCACACUGGUUUGGCGCACACUGUGUUAGCGCCUGGAUGUAUUCAAACUGGAUUCAUGCAGAAUAGAUCAGUACAGGCGGGAUCGGCACAAAUGGCAUCAGUACAGAAGGGAUCAGCAGGAUCUGGAGUAGUACAGGAUGGAUUGCUUCUGACUAGAUUGACACAGCAAACUGGCACUGGUACGGCCAAGUCUGCCUACAGCUCCAAGAGUGCUACUAGCUUCGCCCAGAUCCACACAGGACAAACCAGCACGGUACAGAACAGGAUGGUACAGAAUCGAUUGGUUCAGACUGACCCAGUAUGGAAUGAAUCGUUCCAGACUGGUACGAUGAAAUCUGCCAGCAGGUUCAGUGAUGCAUCAAGUUUGGUUGAGUCAAUAAGAAGCAGAUCUUCAACCAAUUUCCUUCAGUCAACCAUGAGCUCCAGGUAUUCCACUGGCUUAACCCUGGCCAACCCGGUACAAACCGGUACAGUACAGAACAGGAUGGUACAGAGUCGAUUGGUUCAGACUGACCCAGUAUGGAAUGAAUCACUCCAGACUGGUACGCUGCAAUCUGUCAGCAGGUUCAGCGAUACGUCCAGUUUGGUUGAGUCAAUAAGGAGCAGAUCCUCAUCAGGGUUUCUUCCGUCAGUCAACAGGUAAUGAAUGACCAUCCAUCCAGUCUCAAUUCAAGUUGAAGCUUGUACAAGAUUUAUUUUUGGGGCAGGGGUUGUAGUUAAAAUAUUCUUUUAAAUUAUGUGACUAAUUACAUGGCUUUUAAGUGUUGAGAUAUAUAAUGACGACAAACUAGAAAGCCUGCAUUUAUUCAUUUCAUUUUCACAUUGUGAUUAAUAGAAUAAGGAUGACUAAUUAUCCGGGUGAAACAACUGUCAGCAUCUGUGGCACGAAAGCGAAUUUAGUCACUGGAGUAGCAACAUUAAUUCUGCUUUUGCUGCACAGACUUGCUGAGUUUCUCUAGCAAUUUCUGCUUUUGUUUCAGAUCUUCAUCUGCGAUUCUUGGUUGUUAUCUUAGUAGGUGUCUUAUUUUCAAAUCGGGAUUGUGUAUUAUGGAGGUUAAAAUAAACUU